CAUCCAUUCCGAUUAAUGUCUUGUUUUCACAGGUAAGUGAGACGCGCGAGUUCACGCUUGCCCCAUCAAAAUGAGUGUAGUCAUUACUCGACCGUUGGUAACCGUCUUCAACGAGAAGAAUGAGAAGGUAUCCAGCGUGAAGCUCCCAGCCGUUUUUCGGGCACCAAUUCGACCUGACAUCGUAUCUUUCAUCCACCACGAGAUCGCGAAGAACAACCGUCAACCUUACUCAGUCAGCAAACUUGCCGGCCAUCAAACAUCUGCCGAGUCCUGGGGAACUGGUCGUGCCGUUGCGCGUAUUCCUCGUGUUCGAGGUGGCGGUACUCAUCGUUCUGGCCAAGGUGCUUUCGGUAACAUGUGUCGAGGAGGUCGCAUGUUCGCACCAACGAAGACUUGGCGUCGUUGGCACCGGAAGGUGAACGUCAGCCAGAAGCGUUAUGCUCUGUGCUCCGCUUUGGCCGCUUCUGGUGUUCCCAGCCUUGUUUUCGCCCGGGGUCACGCUAUCCAGCAAUUGUCUGAAAUCCCGUUCGUCGUCUCCGAUAAGAUCCAAGAGUAUGUGAAGACCAAGCAAGCUUGUUUCUUCUUGAAGAAAUCGAAGAUCUGGCCCGAAAUCGAGAAGGUCUUAGCCUCGAAACGAUUCCGAGCUGGCCGCGGUAAGAUGCGCAAUCGUCGUCGGAUUCAGAAGCGAGGUCCCCUUAUCAUCUAUGACCGUGACCAGGGCCUUACUCGAGCUUUCCGGAACAUCCCUGGCAUUGACUUGCAAAAUGUAAAUAACAUGAACCUUCUCAGACUUGCCCCUGGCGGUCAUGUGGGACGAUUGUGCAUUUGGACCGAAUCCGCAUUCCGCAAGUUGGAUGACAUUUGCGGAACAUGGAAGACCCCAUCCAAAGUCAAAACUGGAUUCAUCCUGCCUCGUCACAUCAUGCAAAUGACAGAUUUGCAGAGGCUGAUCAACAGCGAAGAAGUGAAAAAGGUCGUAAGGAAACCCCGUCGAAAGGUCGUUCGACGCACUGUGAAGCCCAACCCAUUGAAGAACAUCAAGGCGUUGCUCAAAUUGAAUCCAUAUGCAGCGGUUGAAAAGCGCCAUAGCAUCCUAGCCAUCCGAAGGGGUGUGAAGCGUAAGAGUGUGGUCAUUACUCGACCGUUAGUGACCGUCUUCAACGAGAAAAAUGAGAAGGUAUCCAGCGUUAAGCUCCCAGCCGUUUUUCGGGCACCGAUUCGACCUGACAUCGUAUCGUUCAUCCACCACGAGAUCGCGAAGAACAACCGUCAACCUUACUCAGUCAGCAAACUUGCCGGCCAUCAAACAUCUGCCGAGUCCUGGGGAACUGGUCGUGCCGUUGCGCGUAUUCCUCGUGUUCGAGGUGGCGGUACUCACCGUUCUGGCCAAGCAACCGUGGCCUUCCACUUGCAGUCGGUCUUCGCAAUACGAGACACGAGGCGAAUGGCCGCUUCUGGUGUUCCCAGCCUUGUUUUCGCCCGGGGUCACGCUAUCCAGCAAUUGUCGGAAAUCCCGUUCGUCGUCUCCGAUAAGAUCCAAGAGUAUGUGAAGACCAAGCAAGCUUGUUUCUUCUUGAAGAAAUCGAAGAUCUGGCCCGAAAUCGAGAAGGUCUUGGCCUCGAAACGAUUCCGAGCUGGCCGCGGUAAGAUGCGCAAUCGUCGUCGGAUUCAGAAGCGAGGUCCCCUUAUCAUCUAUGACCGUGAUCAGGGGCUGACUCGUGCUUUCAGGAACAUUCCCGGUAUUGACUUGCAGAAUGUAAAUAACAUGAACCUUCUCAGACUCGCGCCUGGCGGCCAUGUCGGGCGAUUGUGUGUUUGGACCGAAUCCGCAUUCCGCAAAUUGGAUGACAUCUGCGGAACGUGGAAGACACCGUCUAAAGUCAAAACAGGAUUCAUAUUCAUUACUCUCAACUUGAUAUUCAACCUUUUUUUUAUUAAGUUCCGGGUUCAUUUUCGCAUUUGUUCCUAUCAUGAAGUAUUCGUUUCUUCUAGCCUGCCGCGACACAUCAUGCAAAUGACAGAUUUGCAGAGGCUGAUCAACAGCGAAGAAGUGAAGAAGGUCGUAAGGAAACCCCGUCGAAAGGUCGUUCGACGCACUGUGAAGCCCAACCCAUUGAAGAACAUCAAGGCGUUGCUCAAAUUAAAUCCGUAUGCUGCGGUUGAAAAGCGCCAUAGCAUCCUAGCCAUCCGAAGGGGUGUGAAGCGUAAGGCUGGUUACACUGACAAGGAGAAAGCAAUCAUCAAGAGGAGGGCAGAGCUGAAGCAGAAAGCCAAGGCGGCCAAAGCCAAGAAACCUAAGCAGCCGAAGAAGGCGAAGACUGCUAAACCUGCUGUCGCUCCAGCCAAGUCGAAGGCGGCGAAGCCUGCUGGUGCUCCAGUCAAACCCAAGGCUACUCCCAAGAAGUGA